CUCUCUCUCUCUCUCUCUCUCUCUCACAAAAACAGCAACAACAAAGAAAUCGACCGCGCAUGCCGCCUCCAUCCAAAUCUCUUCCUAGCUCCUCCUAGCUAAGCUAAGCUCAGCUAAGCUAAAUAAGUGAGUGAGUAGCUGGCUGGCUAAUCACCGGCGUCGUCGAUCGAUCGAUCAUCGUCAUUAAUUAACAACAAAUCGACCCGAGAGAUCGAGAUGAUCAACGGCAAGGACAUCUACGACGUGUUCGCCGCCAUCGUCCCCCUCUACGUGGCGAUGAUCCUCGCCUACGGCUCCGUGAAAUGGUGGAAGAUCUUCAGCCCCGAUCAAUGCUCCGGCAUCAACCGCUUCGUCGCGCUCUUCGCCGUCCCUUUGCUCUCCUUCCACUUCAUCUCCUCCAACAAUCCCUACGCCAUGAACCUCCGCUUCAUAGCCGCUGACACCCUUCAAAAGCUCACGGUCCUCCUCCUCCUCUCCCUCUGGGCCAACCUCAGCCGCCGCGAGCUGCUUCUGCUGAUUUUGGAGCUUUGGAGGCUAACAAAGUUACUUUCCAAGGUAAAAAAUAAAAAUUUUGUAAUCAUUUUAUUUUCCCCCUCAAUUAAUAACGCGGGUGCGAAUGCGGGUCAGGGCUCGAAUAAGGAGUUGCAUAUGUUCGUAUGGAGUUCGAGUGCUUCGCCGGGGUCGGAGGCCAAUUUGAGGAACGCGGUGAACAGAGCUGCUUCUGCUGAUUUUGGAGCUUUGGAGGCUAACAAAGUUACUUUCCAAGGCCUAAACGCUUCGAGUGAGAACGCCAGCCCAGCGAGGAAAGCGGGAGAGCUAGAGAUAGAGGACGGGUUCAAAAGCCCGAUCGGCAAGAGCCCGCUCCCCGUCGGUUCCCCGUUCAUGGCCCAAAAGAAGCCGCAGCGAGGAGCAGCUGCUGCGGCGCCGGCGAACGGCUAUUCCGGCGGACCCACACCAGCAAAUGCCUCCGUGGCGGUCACAAGCAUGAUGCAUGAAUGUAGUUUAGAUGUGGAUCAGAUCGAUGGAAUCUUAUUUAAUUUCAGGUGGAACAUUGAGAUGCCUACAAUCAUUAAAGGAUCCAUAUCCAUACUGUCUGAUGCGGGUCUAGGGAUGGCUAUGUUCAGUUUAGGGCUGUUCAUGGCUCUUCAACCAAGGAUCAUCGCCUGUGGCAAAGCCAUCGCAACUUUCUCCAUGGCCGUUAGGUUCUUGACCGGGCCAGCAGUCAUCGCAGCCACCUCCAUCGCCAUUGGUCUCCGUGGCGUACUUCUACAUGUCGCCAUUGUGCAGGCAGCGCUUCCACAAGGAAUUGUUCCUUUUGUUUUUGCCAAGGAGUAUAAUUGCCAUCCGGACAUUCUCAGCACUGCAGUUAUAUUCGGAAUGCUCAUUGCAUUGCCGAUAACCAUCCUUUACUAUGUCCUUCUUGGAGUCUAAGUAACGGGCGGAACGAAGAGAGAUCGAAGCGCAUCACACUAAACUGAAGAAGUGAAGAAGAGAGAAAAGCAUAAAGAAAAUACAAAAAAAAAAAAAAAAAAAAAAAAAAAAAAAAAAAAAAAAAAAAAAAAAAAAAAAAAAAAAGCAAAAGAAUGAGUAGAGCGUAGGCUUAGAUUAACAAAUGGCAUUAGAUUCAGUGUACGUACAAGGUAGGGCAUUAGUUUUUCUUUCUUCAUAACGUGCUCAAUCAUGUGAUUGCAUGAGCUAUGAAAUUCAAAGUUUUUUGUCUAGUUUUUAAUUUAUUUAUUUAUCGUGAUGUGGGUUUGUCCCCCUAAGUAAGACUUUCAUCCUAA